UAACUGGAGUCUCCGGCAGGUGGCGCUAACGCAGUUUUGAAUGACAGGGGAAACUGCCACUGAAGAAGAAAACAGCAGGCAUGGUGCGCCAGAAGUCGAGGUACUUACUGUGUGAGCUGAAUGUGUCGGACCGGAGCCGGCUGCUGCUGCUGGACGACCGGGCUGUCAGGGAGGCGGUGAGGGCCACGGUGGCCCGCAUACACGGAGACUACGGAGCAGCGCUGUGCAGCCUCCGGUUCUCCGUGAAAUAUCUGAACGCCCAUACUGGAAUAGUGUUCCUGCGGUGCCCCAAAAAUUGCUACAGACUCAUCUGGUCUGCACUGCCUUUUAUUACCAGUGUUGAAAAUCAAGGGCAGAAGGUGCCAUGUUUCCUGAACUGUCUGCAUGUGGGAGGAACAAUCAGAACAUGCCAGAAGUUUCUGAUCCGAUACAACACCCAGCAGCUCCAUCGAAUGCUCCCUCAGUGUAAAAGCGAAGAAGAGAAACUACAAGUUCGCAAAGCAAUACUGAACUGCUCCCUGAUUAAAAGAAAUGAAGGGGGAUUUGAAGAUGAAGCAGAGAGUGGAGAAGAUGAUGAAGAAUGAUUUCACUGUUUUCACGCCACAAGCAGUGGAAAAGCAGGAGCUAUUCAAUUCACUUUGGACAUAACCAGUUCUGUCACUCUAUAAUGUGGGACUCCUGGAAAAAAACAUGCAUACUAUUUGAAUUAAUCAAAUUCGAACUGUGUGGACACUUAUGGUUCACUGCAGCUGCUGAAUGCCUGUAGUGUGAAGAAAUUUGAGUCUGGAAGAGAGGGACUAUGAUUUUUGUAAAAUGAUCUAGGUGACAUGGGGCAGCAGGAUGCCAGGUGGUUACAGGGAAUGUCCUGGAACAGAGAUUACAGGUCCAAUCCCACAAUUAUGUCUUUAGUUAGACACAAGCAAGUAAGUUUAACAAGUAAGCUGCUCUGGAUAAGAGUGUCAGCCUAAUACCUAAAAUGUAAAUAUAUUCUGUAUCGUACAACAGGCCUUAAAACUGCAGAUGCAGAUUAUUUCUGAUAUACUGUUUAUUUUGUAUAUGCUGUAUUUUUUCAUUUGUUCUUAAAUUAAAGCAAUGUUUUUGAAGA